AUGUCUCGCAAUCACGGAGAGGAAGUUCCUCUCGGACCAUUCAACUAUGAAUUGUGCGCAGAACUCCAUAAUCGCAUUUUCCUGAUCGCCUGGACUGCAGCAGGAAAAGCCCUGGAGAAUAGCUCUAUUUCAACCUGGUGGGGGCAUUUUCAACCCUCCAAAGAAUUCGCCGCGCGUUAUCAUCCCCAUUUGGUCAAAUUUUUCCAGCGCGUGUACUACCACCCCGAGGCUCCGGAGUUCUGCUAUUAUCUCGAGAACCUGAACCCUCCUCAUUCCUUGAUUGAUGAACACUUCAACGACAUUUCCGACGGGAGGGAUUGCUAUGUCGACCUACAUCGCGCCACGAGCUGGUACGAGCCCAAUGGCGAUGAAUGGGGGAUCAUCAAUAUGCAUAAACUCGACCAAAUCACCUGCAAAGCUGUCUUCGCCGAGAGCCGCGAAGCUACGCACCCGAUCCUCAACUAUGGUCACGGCUUCCGGCCGCUCGAAGACAUCUAUGCGGACUACCUCCAGAUGAUCACGGAGCACAAGAUCGAGGCGCAGGCCGUGCAAGCCUUCCAGGACCUUGUCCAUGAGAUCGAGAUCCGAUUACCCAGCAGCAGCAACAGCAGCAGUAGUGAUUCAGCACAGCUAACCCUCCCCUGGUCCGACCCCGCCGUGCGCUCAGAAGCCCACCUCGUCCCCAACAGCUUCAUCAACCGCUUCUGCACCGCAACCAGUGCGGCCACCACCCGCCCGGUCCGCUUCCGCUACCUCGCCCCCGGAAUCCGCCUCCCGACCGAGGCCGAAUUCCGCGCCCAACCACUCCGAAAUCUCGAAUAUCAAUCUGCCAUGCACCGUGCACUCCCCGUAGCGCGGCCGAUUAAGCCCACCCUCCUCUUCCUCGCCGAUGACCCCGCCGCCAACACUCCGGGGCCGACCGUCACGACCGUCCCCAAGCCCGAUCUCUGCCUCAACUCCCUCCUCGCUGACUUUGGCGACGACAAGCACCGAAGAACGACGGCCCCGCGCCCCGCCGGCCUGUAUCUGACGGCCGACCAUCGCAGGGUCAAAAGCUGCGAGAACGGCUGCCGCCUGCUGCUGCCGUUUGGAGUUGGACGGCACGGCUGGGCCCGUCGCAGCGACGGCACGCGCAUGGGCGACUACGCCUGGUGGGGUGGGGACCCGGCGGAUGCCAAUUAUGAUUUGUAUCAGUGCGAGUUCAAUGGGUUCAUCCCCUUGCGUGACACCCCGCUGCACCAGAUGUUGGAGAGCUGGGCGGAGCGGGUGCGGGCGGGGGAUUGGACUGUCGGGCCGGAUGGGGUGGCUGACGGGGUGGAGCGGUGGCGGGAGGCCGAUACGGAGGCUGGCUGGCGGAAGUAUAGGGUUCCGGUGCGGUGGUGAUAUGGCUACUGUAGUUGUAUAGGAUAAUAUCUGAUGUUUAUCUGUGAUCAUCGUGGGAUGCCCGGGAUGGUAGGGAAUGUCGCACGGGCAACGUUCUCAUCGCAGAUCACCUCCUCGUCUUUAUCGCAACUCUCUGUAUUUGCUUUUGGGAAGGUCAUGCUGGUGUUGAAGCAGAGAGAGACCCUCGACGAGGACCAUCUUGGUAAAGGUAUAUCGGUCUGCUGGUAUAGUCUCCCUGGGUUGGAGACUCGGUAGGAACGACAGUAGUUCAGUUAUGCGUUCGUGACAUCAACAAUGGGGAAGUCACGGGUGAAAGUUGUGGUGAGCAAUAGCACGGACAGUUUGGUAUAUCCCUGAUCCAUACGCCACCUAGCGUAGCUCGUAAAUAAGUUAGCUAUGGGGAAUGGGGGUGUUUGACAA